AAAAAAUGAAAAAGGCAUAAGAGAGCCUACUAUAUAUAAUGCUUCUUAGAAAAUUCCUUUCAAGUCAAGUAGAUAGUUAUCAGAGAACAUGAUGGUAUCCUCCAUUUCCAAUAUUUCCAAUUUCAUAUCCGGUGUUGCUGCAGUAGCGGUAGCAGCAGCAGUAGUAUUAACCCAUUGUGCUUCCCUUGUUGUGGGCUCUGUUGAAUAUUCUCCUAAGCAAGAAGCAAAGGCUUUGCUUGAAUCUGGAUGGUGGAGUCAUGAAUAUCUCAACUCCACUACCACAACUCCUUGCAAGUUGCCUGGUAUUACUUGCAAUCCUGCUGGAAGCAUUACACAUGUUUCUCUACAAGGGUAUCCUCCUCUAUAUGGACGCAAACUUGGGAGAUUUCUUAAUGGCUCUUCGUUUCCGAAUUUAGUCCACUUGGAUCUUGCUAAAGCUAGACUCAUUGGGAGCAUCCCGCCAGAGAUCAGCACUCUUUCGAAGCUCACCCACCUCAACCUCUCUCAUAAUUAUCUUUCAGGUGAGUUACCUCUUUCAUUAAGAAACCUCUCCCAAUUGGUGAUGCUUGACAUUUCUUUUAACAGUAUCAGUGGUUCCAUUCUGCCAGAAUUAGGGAAUUUAAACACACUUGUUCAAUUAAACUUGAGCGAUAACCGAUUAACUGGUGCGAUACCUUCUACUAUAUGUGAUUUAACCAACUUACAAUACUUGAGCCUCAGUCGGAACCAGCUAAGUGGUUCAUUGCCUUCCCGAAUAGGGAAUUUGAAGAACCUGACAAGUUUGAAACUCAGUUCGAACAACCUCAUGGGUACCAUUACUCCAUCUUUAGGUAGCCUUAAGAGUAUACAGUACAUUGACUUGUCAUCCAACCACUUCAACGGAAGCAUACCGAUUGAGAUAUGUUCCCUUUCUACACUUCUUUCUUUGGACCUCAGUAACAACUCACUUGUUGGCGAAAUACCGUCUCGAUUUGCCGACCUAGAAGACUUGACCACCUUAAACCUUGCCUUUAACAAUUUCAACUGUUGCAUCCCCUGUUCUUUUAUGUAUCACCGGACAACACUUCAUGCAGAUACUUAUUUAUAUGAUUACGUCCGAUGUUCCAAAAUCUGGUCUGGCGGCAUCGUCAAAGACGGGCUGAUUAUUGUUUGCAUCUCUUUUAUUCUUGCAUCAUCAUUUCUCGUGCUUAUUAUAUGGGCAGUGUUCUACAAAUGUGGGUGCAAAAAUAAAAAGAUCAAAUCACUUGACGAGACAAUUGCAACAAAGAAUGGAGAUAUAUUUUCAGUAUGGAAUUAUGAUGGGAAUUUAGCAUACAAAGACAUCAUCCAAGCAACGGAGGAUUUCGAUAUAAGGUAUUGCAUUGGCACAGGUGGUUAUGGAAGUGUUUACAGAGCACAGUUGCCUAAUGGCAAAGUGGUUGCUUUGAAAAAACUGCACACUUCAGAGGCCGAAGAGCCUGCUUUGAGAAUGAGUUUCGAGACCGAGGUGAAAACAUUGACAGAAUUGAAGCACCGAAACAUUGUGAGACUAUAUGGAUUUUGUUUGCAUAAAAGGUGUAUGUUUUUAAUUUAUCAAUACAUGGAAAGAGGGAGCUUGUUCUGUGUCCUGAACAAUGAUGUGGAGGCUAUGGAAUUAGAUUGGAAGAAAAGGGUGAACAUUAUCAAAGGCAUAGUGAAUGCAUUGUGUUAUUUGCACAAUGAUUGCACUCCACCAAUUGUACAUCGUGACGUAACCACCAACAAUGUCCUACUCAACUCAGAACUAGAAGCUGUUGUAGCUGAUUUUGGCACUGCAAAACUCCUCGAUCCUAAUUCCACCACUCAAACCACCAUACUGGCCGGUACUUAUGGUUAUAUUGCUCCAGAGCUUACCUACACCAUAGCUGUAACUGUAAAAUGCGAUGUUUAUAGCUUUGGAGUGGUGACACUUGAAACGCUGAUGGGAAAGCAUCCAAAGGAAAUUUUGUCAUCAUUAUCAUCAUCUUCAACACAAAAUCUAAAGCUAAUUGAAAUAUUAGACCAACGCUUAGCACCCCCGAGAAGUCGGUUGGCUGUACAUAACGUUGCUCUUGUUGACUCAAUUGCAUUUGCAUGCUUAAAUGCUGACCCAAAGCUUCGACCAACAAUGGAUAGUGUUUCCAAACAAAUUGUUGAGCGCAGGACACCACUAGCAGAUCAUUGUUUCCAUGAAAUUACGAUAGGACACCUCAUGAACCCAUAGAUGGCUAAAAUUUAUUGAGGAGUCAGAAAUCAGUUCAGUUCAGCUUUGUUACUUUGCAUUUUGUGUUGUCCUCCCUGAAAAUUUUCGUUUGUGUUAAAAUGCAUGAAUUUUGACUAUCCUUUAGUUUUCAACAUGUUACUAUUGAAGGGUUUAUGCUAUGCUAUUUGAAAUGGUAAACAUUAUUUAUAUUUGUUAUGUAAA